AUGUGACAAUUCACAGCCACAAAGAUGGUCCCUCUCAGUUACCUGCUGUGUGUGAUUAUGCUUUAUAUUCAGGGUAACAAUGGAUUCUCAUUACACGUUUUAUUUCUAUCAAUGUGUGCUUUGUUUUCAUUAUGUGCUUAAUAUAUAAUUAGUGAAUUGUUAAUAAUUACUAUUCCUUUUCAAUCCCUCAGGAUCCUGUGGACAGAUUGUGAUGACUCAGACUCCAGAGUCAGUUACUGUGUCACCAGGAGAAACUGCCACCAUGACAUGUACAUCUAGUGCUGGUAUAGGCAGCGCACUAGCCUGGUACCAACAGAAACCAGGACAACCUCCAAAUCUUCUUAUCUAUGGUGCAAGCAGGAGACAGACUGGGAUCCCAGCCCGGUUCAGUGGCAGUGGGUCUGGAACCAGUUUCACUUUAACAAUCAGUGGAAUGUUAGCAGAAGAUGCAGCAGAUUAUUACUGUCAGCAGAGUUACAGCUUCCCUCUCACAGUGAUACAGAGCCGUACAAAAACCUUCCUCUUUUAUCUCUACUAA